ACUUUUCGCUGAGUUGGCAAAGGGGUGCAAACUUAGCUGUCAAACACCGCACAUUGCUAUUCAAAACAAUGGAAAAUCCUGUUGAGAAAUCUCUGGAAAAACUAGUAAUUCGAGAAGGAUCGGCUGUGAUUGAGAGUGAAGGUCAUGUAUUUUAUAACCCUGUUCAGGAAUUCAACAGAGAUUUGAGUAUUUUGGUUCUCUCCAGCUUCUCACAGCUCCUCUGGGAGGAAAAUGUGGCCAGGAAAGGGGACUCCAGGGAGUUUCCCCGUGAAGCUGGCAUUAAAUGCGAAGGUGGAUUGAGAAUCCUGGAAGCGCUGGCCGCUACAGGUCUUCGCAGCAUUCGCUAUGCUUUAGAAGUUCCGGGAAUUCAGGAGAUUCUUGCCAAUGACCUGUCCCGGAAGGCUGUGCAGGACAUCAGAGUGAAUGUGGAGAGAAACGGCGUGACAGACCUGGUGGUGCCCAAUGAAGCUGACGCCCUCAUGCUGAUGUACACUAGUAUGAGGCCAGGGAUGAGAUUCUCAGCGAUCGAUCUGGAUCCAUAUGGCUGUCCCACGCGCUUCCUGGACGCCGCUGUGCAAAGCAUAGUUGACGGAGGCUUGCUGCUCGUCACCGCCACGGAUAUGGCUGUGUUGGCAGGCAAUUCUCCCGAAUCCUGCUUCGUGAAGUACGGUUCCAUAUCCCUGAAGUCGAAGGCUUGUCAUGAGAUAGCCAUCAGAAUCCUGCUGAGGAGUAUUGAGAGUCACGCUACGCAGUACGGACGAUACAUUCAGCCUCUGCUGAGUAUUUCAGCAGAUUUCUACAUUCGUGUCUUUGUCCGAAUCUUCUCGAGUCCUGUGAAGUGCAAGAAGAGCAGCAGCAAGCAAUCGCUGGUGUUCCAGUGCACCGGCUGUGACUCCUUCACACUACAGCCUCUGGGAGUGCUCAGAGCGAACCCAACGGAGAAGAAUCCUGACCAGAUAAAAUAUGCCAUCCCAACUGGACCUUUUGUGGACUCUACGUGCACCCACUGCGGCUCCAGGCAUCACAUUGGCGGCCCGAUAUGGUCAGAUCCAAUCCACGAUGUUGGAUUUGUCGAGAAACUCCUUCAGAGAGCGACUGAAAGCAAUCUUGGCACUGCUAAGAGACUUUUAGGACAGCUCACAGUCAUCCGGGAAGAGCUGCCAGACAUCCCACUGUAUUACUCUGUGGAUAAGCUCUGCUCCAUCAUCAAAGUGGUCACGAUGCCUGUGCUGAAGUUCCGCUCGGCACUUCUUCACGCGGGCUUUCGUGUGUCCUAUUCGCACGCGUACAAGAACUCCUUGAAAACCGACGCUCCAAAUCGCGUGCUGUGGGACAUCCUGAGAUGCUGGGCGGAAAGGAAUCCUGUGAAUCCCGAGAGAUUUAUAGAGGGCACGCCCUUGAAGGCUAUUCUAGAGCAGAAGUCGCAAUGCGACUACAAUUUCAAUGACAUUCAUCCUGAUGCCAAUCCGGAGAGUCGGCGGAAUUGUUUGUCGCGCUUCCCGGGAAAUCCAACAGCUCACUGGGGACCAGGAACGCGCGCCACGCUCAUGAUCGGCGGCACGACGAUGAUGAAGAGCGUGAGGAAUCAGAACAGGAGGACGAAGAGACCCAGAGAUGAGGACACAGCCAAUGGUCAGGAUGUGAAGGUGCUAAAAAACGCUUGAGGUAAAGUUUAUUUGCCUUUU